UGGCGGCGUCCAGUUGUUGGCUGUUUGAGCGUUUGGCGCAUGACAGCGCCGCUGUACGGUCUCCGCACUCGCUGUUCACACACCGAAACACUACAGGCGCACUGAGGAAGUUCUCACGUCGCCGCCCUAACAGGCUCCACGCAAACCGUCUCAUCUGCGUUCUUUAACAGAGCACCGAAAUUGUGUUUGUAGGGGGAAAAUGCAGCUCUGCGGGGAAAUCGUCGUCAGGCGCUGUGCUCUACGCUCGAGAAACGCUCCGAGGAGGUGCGACGAUGAUGUCCUUCUUGCGCAUCUCCGUAUCCGACGCUGGAGCAGAGACGUUUAGGAGCUGUCAGAGGACAGUGCGUAUCCGCGUCUGGAUUUAAACCCGCAGUCACUAUCACAGACCUCAACGUGUGUGUGUGUGUGUGUGUGUGAGAGAGAGAGAGAGAGAGAGAGAGAGCGAGCGGGUGCGCUCGGCGAAAAUAGCAGGAGCCGCGUCCAGAGCCUCGCGCGGGGGGGGGGCACGAGCCGAACGGCGCGGUUCGUGUUUAUGCUCGAGCCGCGGCUCUCCAGCUCUCCCGUGUCUCACCUUCCGCCGGGGGCUCGCGGCUCGCAGGAGGAGGAUGCAGGUGAAGAAGCAGAGCUGCUCGCUCACAAGCGGCGGGGACACGCAGCCGGCCGACGACCCGCCGAAGUCGUCGUGUUUUUCCAGCAUAAAGAUCUUUCUGGUGUCGGAAUGUGCGCUCAUGCUGGCGCAGGGAACAGUGGGGGCUUACCUGGUUAGUGUUCUGACAACCUUGGAGCGGAGGUUCAACCUGCAGAGUGCGGACGUGGGCGUGAUUGCCAGCAGCUUCGAGAUUGGAAACCUGGCCCUCAUUCUGUUCGUCAGCUACUUUGGGGCCAAAGCCCACAGGCCUCGGCUCAUCGGCUGCGGGGGCAUCGUGAUGGCACUAGGUGCCCUGCUGUCAGCCCUCCCUGAGUUCCUCACCCACCAGUACCAGUAUGAGGCCGGGGAAUCUUGGCGCACUGAGGAAGGUCGGGACGUAUGCUCCAAUGCCUCAAGGCCAGAGGGGAGAGACUCCAUCUUUAUCUGUGGGAACAGAGCCAACACCAACAUGAUGUACCUUCUGCUGAUUGGAGCCCAGGUCCUGCUGGGAAUUGGGGCCACACCAGUGCAGCCACUGGGCGUGUCCUAUAUUGACGACCACGUGCGAAGGAAGGACUCUUCACUGUAUUUAGGAAUCUUGUUUUCAACACUUGUGUUCGGGCCCGCCUGUGGGUUUAUCCUGGGGUCCCUCUGUACCAAAGUGUAUGUGGAUGCUGUCUUCAUUGACAACAGCAAGCUGGACAUCACCCCUGAUGACCCUCGCUGGAUCGGAGCCUGGUGGGGGGGCUUCCUCCUCUGCGGUGCCUUACUCUUCUUCUCCGCGCUCUUCAUGUUCGGCUUUCCGCAAUCUCUAGCGGAACGGGAUGGGGGCAGCGGGUGCGAGAGCGAGCAGGCCAUGCUUCCCAAGACCCUUUCGCAGGAUUACGAGAGGCCUAAGCCCAGCAACGGGGUGCUGCGGCACCACGAGCCCAAUGGCGGCUCCUCCUGCUGCCAGCAGCUCCGAGUGAUUCCUAAGGUGACAAAGCACCUGCUCUCCAAUCCUGUGUUCACCUGCAUCAUCCUGGCAGCCUGUAUGGAGAUUGCUGUUGUUGCUGGCUUCGCAGCCUUCCUUGGGAAGUACCUUGAACAGCAGUUCAACCUCACCACCUCCUCGGCCAAUCAGCUACUCGGCAUGACAGCCAUUCCUUGUGCCUGCCUUGGCAUUUUCCUGGGGGGGCUGCUGGUGAAGAAGUUGAACUUAUCUGCACUUGGAGCCAUCCGUAUGGCCAUGCUGGUCAACCUGGUGUCCACAGCAUGCUACGUGUCCUUCCUUUUCCUGGGAUGCGACACAGGACCCGUUGCUGGGGUCACUGUCGCCUAUGGCAACGAGACAUUGCAGACUGGUCAGAGACCAGAGGCAGCUUGCAUGAGCAGCUGCAACUGUUAUACAUCUGCCAUCAGCCCAGUGUGUGGUUCUGAUGGGGUCACCUACCUGUCCGCCUGCUUCGCCGGCUGCACCAGAGCAAAUCUGACAGGGUGUGCCUGCAUGUCCAGUGAAAGUCACACUGGCACAGCCAGCCCAGGAAAGUGUCCUAGCCCGGGCUGCCAGGAGGCCUUUCUCAUCUUCCUGUGCGUGAUGUGUGCUUGCAGCAUGAUCGGGGCUAUGGCACAGACACCUUCCGUCAUCAUCCUCAUCAGAACCGUGAGUCCUGAAUUGAAGUCCUAUGCCCUUGGUGUACUUUUUCUUCUUCUGCGACUACUUGGCUUCAUCCCACCUCCCCUGAUCUUUGGUGCCGGGAUCGACUCAACAUGUCUUUUCUGGAGCACCGUGUGCGGGGAUCGGGGCGCCUGCAUGCUGUACGACAAUGUGACCUACAGGCACCUGUAUGUGAGCAUUGCCAUUGCACUCAAGUCCGUCGCCUUCAUUCUGUAUACCACCACCUGGCAGUGCUUACGAAAAAACUACAAGAAGUACAUCAAGAAUAACGAUGGAUACCUGACGCCCACCGAGCUCUUCGCCUCCAACCUGACCCUGGAUAACCUGGGGAGAGACAUGGGCCAAAACCCAACCAACAGGACAAAAUUUAUAUACAACCUGGAGGACCAUGAGUGGUGUGAAAAUAUGGAAUCUGUUUUAUAGCCUGAAGAAGAGAAAUACAGUCCACUUUACAUUUAAUUAUUUUGAAAGAUAAUCUUUUUCCAUCUUUACUUUUUUAAAGGGAAGGACAUUUUUUAAUGAUCCAUUUAAAGUCUCACCCAGGUGCUGGAAGACUCCUGCUGCUUAUUUUUCCAAAUCCAAGAUAUAUCCAUUUUUUUGUGUAGUUUCUAUGAGAAAAGCAUCCGGCGGUUUUACCAUAAGCUUGUCACCAUUGCGUUGGCCCUUUUUGUGUCACACUUUGAUUUCCGGGAUUUCUCAGUCUAGGGCUAAGACGAGGUUCAUCCCUCUGAACAUUUCCCAUUUAGCUUAAGCAGUGACUAGGUUCUUGGUGAAUCAGAUGUUCUUGUGCUUAGUUAGUCACUUUCCAGUAAAAUCGUAAGUUUAUAUUGACCUUUUAAUGUCCAUAUGUUCAUGUGUUUCUUUUUCGGAUGCACAUUAAACAUUUUCAUGUACAUUAUAAGAGUGUAAUUUCUAACACAGUAUUAUCUGUGUGUUAAAUGUUGGAAUUAAAGGGCUGCUCCAUUACUCUGAAGUUUUAGUAAUAAUUUUAAGCAAAAGACAUUGGAUUCUAACAAUUACUGUCAUUACCACAGUAUUAUUAUUAUUAUUAUUAUUAUUAUUAUUAGUAGUACUAGUAGUAGUAGUAGUAGUAGUAGUAGUAUUGACAUGAUCAGUUGGAUUACCCCAGAAACACUGAAUAAACUUUAAUAAUUGUUCUCACUAUCACAAUACCACCAGUAAACCAAAAGAGGGAAAGUAUUUAACUGGACUGAUUAUCGUAGUAUGACUAAUAACAGAAUGCACUCCACUCUCAGAUGUAUCUUUUUAUUUGCAUUUUUAUUUUUUUUUUCCAUUUCACCUUGGACAACAUUAUGCUACUCUUUAUCUCUGAGGGUUUUAAAUAUGGACUAUAGCUGUCAAAGGUUUAUUGCAAAUAUGAAAAUUUUUGUCACUAUGUAAGUAAUGGACCAGUGUGCUAUCAGUGAAAGUUUAUGAAGAUUCAAAUCCUUAGACUUAGUCAUAGAAAUAUUCCUACUGAUUUUAGUAAAAGACCAAUCAAAACCAGCAUUUUUUUUAAACUAUGGCAUGCUCAAAUUUGUGUUAUGUUUUCA